GAUUAUUUCUGAACAGACGCACAACGUGAGGUCAAAGUUGAAAUAUGACGUAAGAACGGACAGCGAUACGCACUGGUUAAAAUGUAGCUGGAGGUAGCAAGGAAUUAACAAGAUUUUCUUAUUUAGCACUAUUAAGAUUUUCUGAUUAGAAAGGUCAUUAGUACGCAAAAGGUUGCUAUGCAAUAUCCGGCGAGUUUUUGAGAACGGAGCAACCAUACAAGUUUCAAAAUAGUUCUCCCAGUUGUAAAGUUAGUUUCAGCUGCUGCUAAGGAAAGUUAGCAUGUCAGCUAGCUGGCAGCGUUAGCUCAUGAAUAAACUCGUUACAUAUAUGCGUUAGCCUCCUCGGGGUCGCGCUAUGGAUCCGUUGAGUAUGGUCGUAGAUGAGGUGGCUUUGGAGGGUCUGGACGGGAUAACUAUUCCGUCUUUGUGGAUACGACUAGAAGAUAGACAGCCAAAGUUUCCCCUCAGACUGGACGAGCCCACUAAGGGGCUUAUCUGGAGGUCUCUUACCUGCAAUACCGACCUGAAAUUUUAUGAGCUCCCACAAGAGAGAUCUGAUGUUGUGUUGACGGACAGGUUUAAAAACACUGACCCAGAGACAGGCAUUGAAACAGCAGAGGAGUUUUCGGACACCAAGGAGGACAUCUACCCUGUCCAUAUUAUUCUAGAUAACAAAGAUGGGAUACAGGGCUCGUGUGCAUUCUUUCAGGAGAGGACAGACAUUACAAAGCAGGUCCACUCCAAGUCACUCAGCUUGGAGGAGGCUUUGGAACGAUAUGGCAGAAAACUUGUGGUGGUGGCAUCUCAGACACUGCGUUUCAGGACGCUGAUUGGUGUAGAGAGCGAUCCUGACUUAAAACUCAAUGACGGAGAGCUACAGAGCAAUCUGCAUGGCUGCUCUUUUAAGACCGAUGCUCGAAAGUUGCACUACAUGCGGAUGUCUCUUGUUAAACAUGGACUCAUCAGCAUGCAUUCUCAUGUCAGACGACUGAAGUCAAGGCAACAGCAGUACUCCAUACUUCUGCUGCUCAAGCGAUUCUACAUAAACAGGAGGAGUAAGUAUGACUUACUGAUGGAGCAGGCGUCCAACCUUCUCCAGCAGACACCUGGUCAGGUCACCCCCGUGAUGGCACUCAGACAACAUCUUAAUGUGGAUGAGCGUAAUUUCAGGCGUAUAUUUCAAUGCAUGCAAGCUGCUAAGUUGGUUGAGAGUUGCCAAUACCCUCUGGAGGACUUGGAUCCCAGCGCUGGGCCCUGCGCCAACAAAAGAGGGAAUAAAGUGCUCGUGCGCUGUUGGAAACUGUUAAAGCCGUAUACAAGGAAGGGCAUCGCUAAUGACGACGAUGACGACGACGAUGAGGAAGAUGACACAGGAGCUAAAAGAAGAGAUCUCCCGUCAGAAGGCCGAAUCAUGGAGAAGGACAUCCUGUCACAGGCCUAUAACAUUGUAUUAUCUACUGGUCCAAAGGGAAUCACCCAAUCUGGCAUCAGGUUUAGAAUGAACAAUGAUAAACUGGAAUCUCGUAUGCUCUGUCGGAGGCUGGAAAGAGAUGGUUUCGUUAAGGGAUUCAUGGAGGAUGUGGGUCGGCAGAGGACUAGAAGAUAUAUCAGCCAUAAGUAUGUGGGUGUGAGCAAUGACCUCCAACUGUUUGCUAAGGAGCAGGAACGCCAAAAGCUCCUCUACUCCACUGCACCACAAACAGCAGAUACUGCACCUGCCACCCCCAAAACACCAUCAACCUCAGAAUCCACAGCAAAAGAAAACGCUAAAACUCCUGCAGUGAAGAAAAUUAAGAAAGCAGGCAGAAAAGGAGACAAAGCUGUAGGGGAGGUUCAGCCACUGUGUGAGGAUAGACAAGUGCAUACAGGUGAUAAGGGUUCGGAUGAAGAGGGAGGUAAAACAAAAGGAAAGUCAGGAGCAAGAACAAAAUCAACAGUGAAAAGAGGCAGUGUGGCAACAAAGCAGCCUGAUAUCCCCAUAAAACAGCCUACAUCCAUGGAGUGUGAAACCCAGGCCAGCAGUGAAUCAGUGACCAGUAUAACGCCUAACUCCGAGAUUGUUCCCACAGCAGGACAAGCUCCAGUUGAAAAGGAGAAAGAGGCAGCGGAGAACCUAGCAGCUAACAACAUCGUGCUUGUUUCCCAGCUGCCGGCCAUCAAUGCAGAUAAAGAGAGGAAUCAUGAGACGUUGCGCCUACUGAGGAGGAAGAACCUGAUCAUUGAGGCCGUCCGCAACCUGAGAGUCAUAGAGGGCCUUUUCCCGCUACAGAAGAUGAUCAAUGAAGCAGAGAAGCAGGAUGGCGUCAGCUCAAAGUGUUGCCGGAAAUCUAUUUUACGCAUCAUCAACAGUCUGUCUAGAGAAGGCUUGCUCAAGAUUUACAUGACCACUAUCAUACAGGAUGGCAUCACCAAGAAGCUUGAGUUGGUUGUUCAUCCCUCUGUUCAAUCCAGCGAUGACAUUGUGACCCAAGUUAUCGAGCAGGUCCGCUUCAGAAUCUCCAGCUCGUUCUCCACUGUACGUCAGAAUCACACUGAAGAAAACCAGGCUGAGACGACCGCCAGCACAUCUAGAGCCCAGAAGAGCAAGGCUGACAAGUCAAGGGCAAGCCUUAAAGACGACGAGCAGUUCAGUCCCACAACAGUUCCAGGACUGGGUAAGACUCUAGGCUUCCAGCCUAAGAUGCAUCGUCUCCGUGUUGUUCAUCACUUUCUCUGGUAUCUGAUUUAUGGGCACCCGCUCAGACACAGCUGCGCUGGCUCUCACUCAACCAGUGAAACACCUGCAAACCUACACAGCUCUGAUCUUGAUGUCAAACACCCAGACACACGUGAGAAACAGGGUCUUAAAGAUGCACAAAACGUUCAAGCAUGGCUGUCUGAAGAUGCUGCCUCCAGCUCUGUGGGCGUACACACUUCAAAUUCUAACUUGGAUCUGACGUCAGGUGAUGAACAGGAUGAACCAAAGGAUAAAUCCACACCUGGACUCUCUCAGCCGAACAUGAAAGUUUAUGCUGAAGAAGAGUCAUGGAAGAAAUUCAUCCCUCCUGCCCGUGUGCACAAGGAGCUUGGCAGCAGCUGGCUAAUGAUCAGUGACCUGCUCCCUUGCUUCCCUCUCUCCGUCUUCAUGCAGGUGACACAGAUCAAUUAUAAGGUGGAUGGACUGGAGGAAUAUCUCAAUGACCCUGUGAAACAACACUAUCUUGUUGGCUCGCUGCCCACCAAGAUGAGACGACAGCUUCUUUACAAACGGAAAUACAUCUACUCAUUUCAUGAGAACCUGCAGAGGUUGGUCUACAUGGGUCUGAUGCAGUUUGGUCCGAUGGAGAAGUUCAAGGAGAAGGACCAGGUGUUUGUGUACCUGAGACGUAAUGCCACCAUUGUUGACACCACCAACGCUGAGCCACAUUACUGGCUGGUCACAGAGUCGCCUGACAAACCAUUCGAGAGGCGCCAGUACACAUUCAACACUGCUGAGGAUGUAGAAAACUACUGGUUUGACCUGAUGUGUGUCUGCCUCAAUACACCACUGGGGAUAAUCCGUGGUAAGAGAAAUGUCACAGAGAAGGAAGUUGCUCGAUCUUUUGUGCAUAAACGCAACAUGUUCGCUGCAAUGGCAGACCUGCUAAAGGGAAGUGGUGAAGUGUGUGAUGAUGGGUCGAUACCAGGAGACGGUAAAGGAGCAGGAGGGCUGCACUCUGGAUUCUUUGCUCAUCUUAAACGCAACUGGUUCUGGACCAGUCACCUCCUUGCUUGCAAAACGAGCGCGACUGGUUUACAGGCAGAGGAGACUAAAUUCAGACUGAAGAGAGUGCUGAGUAAAAAUGCUCUCAGGUUUGCACUUAAAGCUGGAGGAUCAACUAGCCCUCGUUGUUUGACCACCAAGCGACCAGUGGUGUUACACAAUAUUGAGGUGGGUAUAGAGCCUGCUUCCAGAAACCAGCGGGUGGUUGGAGGAAAGAGACAGAGGAGGAAGAGAACCAAAAAAGAGGUUAUCAGGGUCCAACUCAAGAAGAGGAAAGAACCCAAGAAACGCACCCCAGCCCAUGAUGAGAAAGACCACCAAGCUUUGAAAAUGAUGACCAGACAGAGAGUCUACUGGACUGUACAGGAAGACUCACUGUUGAUGCUCUGCUGCGUGGCUGCACACCUGCUCAACAUCAAGCUGAAAAGACCAUUCGUACCUUACUGUGUGGUGAGAGACCUGCUCCACGCAGAGUUUGAGGUAUCGAUGGAUAAAACCUCUGUUGCUGUUGCACGUCGCUCACGAUACAUCCUCAAGAAUCCUCAGACGCUUCUGAACUACAGGAUUUGUGUGGCUGAGGUCUACCAGGACAAAACACUGAUGAGACUCUUGGAGGAAAAGCUACCUACUGAUCCCGAUAAACCAGAGGAUUGUGCUGAAUCGUUACUAGAGCAUUUCAAGCUGCUCAGACAGAAGUUCAGCUGUAUCCUGAGCGCUCGUGAUAAGAUCAUUCCUGACACGAAACAGGAGCUCUUCUCACGGUUUAAGGUUUCUGCAAUAGACAGUGGAACGCAGGUUUUGUGCAGAGACACUCUCGAACACACAGAUGACAUUCAUGCCAUAGUGUUGCACAACUUGAUCCAGAGCACUCUGGCUAUGACCAACAGUCAGAUGAAAUCCUCUAGAUCCUUUCAGACCUUCCACAUGUACAGUAAGUAUAACCAGGAGCUGCUGUGCAAGGUGUUCAUACAAUACAGGAAGAGGGGUCUGGUCAGCCGCCGUCGUGUCAAUCGGCCCUUUGGGCCGAAGAAGAGCAGAGCGCUGCCCAUCCUGCCCAUGUCGUACCAGCUGUCCCAGACCUACUACAGGUGUUUCACGUGGCGUUUUCCUCACUCUCUGUGCACUGAUUCCUUCCACAUCUUGAGGGAUCUAAUUAACAACAGGACUGGAAAUAACAGACCUGUUACUGCUUUUUACCAUGAAACUGAAAAGAGGUCAGAGACGGGGGAGGAGGUGUUGCAGAGAAAAACUGGGUCAAAAAGAAAAGAAAAACAAAGAGAAGGAAAUGAAGAUGGCAGAGCAGCAGCAGAAGGAGAGAAGUCCCAAAGGAAUUUGGAAGGAGAAGAGAUGUUGAUGGAGGUAGACAUGAACAAAUCAGAGGCACAGAAAAACCCAGAAGAUUGCCUCCCAGCUGGCUGUGCUGACGAUCCAUCCAGCAGAGGGCAGACAGGUCUGUUCGGAGAAGAAGAGGCAUCAGGAGCUCCUGCAGCCUCAAACACAGCACAUCGAGUGUCCGAGGAUCCUCCAGAUGUGUCAGACAUGCUGCAUUUUUCUCUGGACUCCCACGGUGGAGCCUGUCUGGUCUCUCUCAGCCUGAUGUCUCUGGGACUACUAAGUGUGUACCUGUCCAUCCCAAAACAGAUGGUGAUGGUGGACAGCGAUGUAGUCAAGAGUAUGGCAGCGCUGGAGGAGGAGGACGAUGAUGAUGAUGAUGACGGUGAGGACUGUGAGGGGAGAAAGAAGCUGGAAGUGAAGGCUCAUCAAGCCUCACACACCAAGUACCUGAUGAUGCAAGGAUACUGCUUUCCAGGCAUAGUCAAACUACGUAACCUCAACACCAGUGAUAACAUUGUGGUGGAGUCUUGCAUCAUGAGGCUGCAGCUGCGCAACACACCUGCUCACAACAUGUUCGUGGAGCACUCUCUACCACUGGACUUGAGUAAAUGUGGUCCCUCCCCGUUGCCCUCCAUCCUCACCUACUCUGUCCGCACCUCCUCCUUUUCUCCACCCAAUGUGAACAGGCAUUUGGUUCAGCAUAGAGGAUACACUCCUCAGGACAUAGAUGCAUCGGCUCAGCUCAGGAGGAGCUUAGAUGAAGCUGCUGAGAAGGGCUUGGACUUACAUGACCUCUACAAGGCUCUUGCACACCUGGAAGAGCCACAGUCUGGAUGCAGCAGGAGCCUGCAGCAGUAUUUGAAGGACUUAGAAGAAGAAGGCCAGGUGUUAAGAGUCGGGAAUCUGGGUGCACGCUGGGUGCUUUUGCAGCAUGCUGAGCCGUGGCUGCUGACUGUAAGCUCCAAGCAGUGGCCCCAGUCACGUUUCACAUCUGAUGGACUCCCCUUUCUGGAGAACGAGCACAGCAUCCCCUUCAUGCGCAAGAGAUGCAGGCAAGAAGGCCAACAGGAGGCUGAGGGACCACCCGAAAAGAAGUCAGCUGUGGACAGACAAGAGAGCGUAGACGGAGGAGAUGUAGAAAGAUUGUCAAGUGACGUAAUAAGAGAGAACCUUAAUGAGGAACAGCACAAAGAGCAGGCAGAUGAGGGAAAGGGAGAUGAGUUGUUGAACCUAGAAGUGGAGGGAGGAAAGAAAACACCGCCUGAAAAGGAAAGAGAGCAGGUGCAGUCUGAGGAAAUACAGGAAGAGAAGAGAGAGCAAAGACCAAGACGGAACAGUAGAAAUGAAGAGAGAGACGAGGAGGCAUGCUGCCCCCUGACUGAUCUGAGUGAUGGUGAGAACGUGAGUUUCAUCAGCCGACCGUGGCGCAUGGUUGACGGUAAGCUGAACCGGCAGGUGUGUAAGGGCAUGCUGGAGGCCGUUCUUUAUCACAUCAUGUCCCGACCUGGACUCACACAGCAGACGCUGUUGGAACAUUACAAGGAUGUGCUGCAGCCGAUGGCAGUGCUGGAACUCGUGCAGGCUCUUACAGAGAUGGGCUGCGUGACCAGAAAAACCCUUGUUAAAUGUCCUAAACCCACUCUGUUCGCCCGCUCUGUGCGCCAGACAGAAGUGAAGAUUGAGGACCCAGAGACAGUGUUUUAUGAGCCCACCAUCAGCUGCUGCCUGCGUCUCAGUCCGGUGCUACCAAACGAACAGCACUGGGACUACUGUGCACUGUGAAACUAUUCAUGGACGUCACUUGACUUGCACCUGGCAUCACGUUAGCUACAGAAGAAGGCUAUUCUAAAAGGAGAAGAGAAAAAAGCUGCAGCAACAAUCAGACUGUUGUCUAGUUUUCAUUCUUCAUCUUUUGUACAGAUGUACAACAUUUUUAAUUUAUUUUUCUUUUUUGGUAGCUUUUGGGUUCCGCUUCUUGUAUUCUGCCAUAAAAUUCUACAUAAAAAUGCAUUUCAUUACAUUCUUGA